AUGGCUGCGAAGGCAUUUUUGCAGGUUUUAGGCAUAACCUUCAAUGUUCUUCUAGAACAUACUCACAGUAUCGGCGAAGAGGCCUUGUACUGGGCCGAUGUUUCAGGAUCAAAUUGGUAUACCGGAGCAUACGCAGUACAGACAGCUCCAGGUCGACUAUGGCAUUUCCUGAGACGGUCACUUUUGCACAUGGAAGAGGACGGCAUCCGAAAAUCUGUCAACCAAACAGCAUCUGUUUCGUGGGCCAGAUUUUACAACAUAGUGCACCAGUGCCUUGACCCACGCGCGAUGCUCUCCCUGCGGGCAAGGCUGUUAUCUUCAUUUACUGCGAAUAGGUCUGAGAUUAGACAAAAAUGCAAAGCUUUGGGAGCAAUGCGAAUGAGAAACGCCAGCGGCAUUGGCCUUCUCAUGUCGCAAUGCUCGCUUCUCAAAACAAAAAUUAACUCAGAGUUCGCCACUGAUGACCGCUUGCGUGAUGCUGUGUUCAGGGGUGUACUCACGUUGAAGGUUCUCUUGCAAAGGGUGGUACAUGAAGGCACAGAAUAUGAGCUUGAGGAGAGGGUUAUUACCGCAGUCGAAAGGGAAAUUGUUCGGUCUCAAUCUGAGAUCGCAAAAUUCCUCCAGACGCCCGAGUACAUUAUCGAGCAGCUUUUCAAUAUACUCGACGAAUUAUUGCCAGAUUAUAGCGCCUCUUCAAGGAGGGCAAUCAGUCACCAUGGACGUCCCUCGUGCUUGCACGAGCUCAUAAGAUGGAUUUCCGAUAUCGGAUUAACUGCUUGUGAAUUCUGGGGUAAUUGGGUCGUUGAGCCUACGCGGAGACUUAUAGGGACUAUUCGACAUGACGAAAAGAGCGAGAUUGCACUAAUGAGUAAGAAUAGUCUCGAGGCGGAUAGGGCCAGCUUAGAGCGGAUGGUUCUUGAUUUUGUCCUCGAUCGACCCGAGUCUGAGAAAGAGCUUGGUGCGAAGCAGAUUGACACAAUCACCGCGAGGAUUCGAGAAGGUGACCUGACCCCAGUACUGCGAGCGUACGAAAAAGAUCUGCGGAAGCCCUUCAUUGGAACUAAAACGAAGGUGGAUGUUGAAAUAGCGAUUGGUGGAAUCGAUUCAUUGCUGAAAAGCCAGGAGCUUGUUUUUGGUUUUGUGAGCCUCACCCCAGGGAUCAUGGUCACGUACGCGUUUCUGAGAUGGGCGUUUGGCGUCUUCGGCAAUCGCAAGGGCUUGCAAGUAGGAAGGCGAAAACAUGAGCUGAGACAUGCUUUGCGGGAUGUCGACCGUACCUUGACACUGUCAACACCUACUGAUAGCGGUGUUCUGACCUAUAAGGAUCAUGGUCUUUUGGUCUGUGGUGCAGAUAUUCUCCUACAAAAAGCAGCAACAAUUCUGAGAGGAGCUGAUCUCCGUGAUUUUCAAGAAGACAUUGGUGACCUGCUAGAUAUACAUAUCGGAACACAGAGGCAAACCCAGGUUGUAAGUAGAAUUGGAUGGGUAUACUCUCGAUGGAUCAAGUAA